AUGAGAGCCCCGCGAUCCGACCUCACCUUUGACGGUAAUGCGACUUCACGUUCAUCUUUUCAAAUGCCAUAGCGCCAGCCGAGUUACCUAUAGUACUUGCCAUUGCGAUAAUUACAAAACCUAGAUCCGGCUCUCACACUCCACUUCGGAAGCUUCGGCGUAAUCGUCCACGACCUGCAAGUGCCGACCUAUCUUAUAGCGAGCUUGUUGUCGUCUUACACGCGUUCAACACUUUUUAAUACCUUACCUCUGCCCAAUUUAAGCCAUCUCAUUCUUUGGUUUCUUCCGCAUUCUCUUUAACGGGGUUCUUCUAUUUAUUCAACCACAUUACUCCUUCCUUUCAUAACACAUACCUUCAGAUUCUUCACUUCCUCAUACCAAAACAUCUAAACCACCAAAAAUGGACGACCCUCUCCCAAAAGAGCUCCGCCUCCUAACCCUCAACUGCUGGGGCCUAAAAUACAUCUCCAAGCUCCGCCCCCAACGCCUCGCAGAAAUCGGCCGCCGCAUCGCCGCCCUCCCGGACCCGCCCCACGUCGUCGCCCUCCAAGAGUGCUGGGUCACCGCCGACUACGACGCCAUCCGCGCCGAGACCGCCGCCGUCCUGCCCCACGCCAAGUUCUACUACUCGGGCCCCUUUGGCGGCGGCCUCGCCGUUCUCUCCCGCUGGCCCCUCGAAGAAAGCUCCAUGCUCCGCUAUCCCCUCAACGGCAGACCGACCGCCUUCUGGAGAGGCGACUGGUACGUCGGCAAGGGAAUCGCCUGCGCCCGCAUCCCCAUCCGCCUCGCCGCCGCCGCCGCCACAGACGGCGAUGACGACAACUCGGCAGGAGGCCGUCCCGGGAGAGACCACGUCCUCAGCAUCUUCAACACCCACACCCACGCACCCUACACCGAAAACCAACCAGGCGACACCUACCUAGCCCACCGCCUCUCCCAAUCCUGGGAAAUGUCCAAACUCCUCCGCGCCGCCACCCAACGCGGCGACCUCGCCCUCGCCAUGGGCGACUUCAACAUGCGGCCCUGCUCCCUCCCGCACCGCAUAAUCACAGCCCACGCCCCCGUCUCCGACACCUGGCGCGUCCUCCACCCGGACUCGUCCCUCGGCGCAGCAGACGACCCCCUCGAAAAGGCGCGCGGCAGGCCCGUCCCCUCGGCCGACUUCAACCUGCGCGAAAACGGCGCCACGUCAGACCACGUCUACAAUACCUGGCGCUGGUCCAAGGAGCAGCAGAACAAGUUGGGCGAGGGCAAAGACCCCAUCGUCAUUCCGCCAGAGACCCUCGAUAGAAAGGGGAAACGCCUGGAUUACAUCUUCUUUGGCAGCAGCAGCAGCAGCAGCAGCAGCAGCAGCAGAGACGACGGCACCUGGGUCGUCCGCAGCGCCAAAGUCGGCAUGGUCGAGCCGCAUCCCACGCUAGGCUGUUCUCUAAGCGAUCACUUUGCCGUCGAGGCAACACUGGCAUACCAGACCCCCCACGAUCACAAACACCUAGGCGUAGACGCAACAGGAAACGACAAUGAGAUAUCCUACCUCCAGGACGCCUCAGCCAGCUCUCAUCGCGACUCCUUCGCGUCCGAGAAUCCCCCCCUUCCCGAAAGGCCGGGCAAAGGUCUUCCACUCCCAGUCUACGACGAGAUACUCUCCGUGACACGUCAGUACAUCCACCGGGAGGAGUCCCAACGGCGCUGGCGGGGGAUACACUUCUUUGCGUGGUUUGCCGUCUUGAUAGCGUGCCUUGUAGCCGUGUGGUUCAGCCCGCACAACUUUGUCGCCUUCAUCCUCAUGCUUCUGAGCAGUCUUGGGCUGGUUGCCGGUGUUGUUGACGGUCUCAUGUCACUCCUCUUCUUCAACUCUGAACUCCGAGCCUUGAAGGAGUUUGAAUGGGAAAUCACAAACGCCAAAAGGCAUGCACGUGGGGCCGUCUCAGGAGAGAGAGAAGAGAGGGAAAAGUCUUUUUAGGGACCCAAACGAUGGUCGUCCUGCAGAGUUUGGAACUAUGAUACCCCUGGCUCCAGGUGUAGUUGGUGGUGCCCCCACAACAUGUCACACGCACCAGGAGAGAGGCUAAUACGUAAUGAAGAAUAAUGUCUAUUCAUACUUGACGUUCUUCUUUCCUUCUCAUGAUGGCGCAACACACCUUCUACGCGUGCCCAGCCCAAGCUCUCACCAUUAGCUACUACAAAUCUGCCCCUCCGCCCAAAGUCGCCUCGGGUGACCACCCAUUCCUCGCCCUCAUUCAAGAAUUCAUAGGGUAGACUGUUCCAACAGGCCUACGACUGACCAUGUCUUUGCGUCGCCAUGAAUAACCCAGAAAGGCUGUUUGCUUUCUCAUCUGAAGAACUUCCUCCUUUACCCAACGGUCCCGGAGCAAUUUGUCUCUUGGGCGCUUGUGUUCUUUUCGCCCGACUCUUCUGACGUACCAUUUGAGAAAGGCCUUUUCGGCAUCUUCC